GUUCAAUUCAGUAAAAAAAACAAAUAAAGACCCAUAGCAAAAGCACAAACGUCAUAAUUUAAUCCUACCAAGCUCUCAAUGGUGUGCGACAAGUGUGAGAAGAAAUUAGCGAAGGUGAUUGUUCCAGAUAAAUGGAAAGCAGGUGCUAGUAACACCACUGAAAGCGGUGGUCGUAAGAUCAAUGAAAACAAACUUCUUUCCAAGAAAAACAGAUGGACUCCUUAUGGAAACACGAAAUGCACCAUCUGCAAGCAGCAAGUGCACCAGGAUGCCAAAUAUUGUCAUACUUGUGCAUAUAGCAAAGGUGUAUGUGCAAUGUGCGGAAAACAGGUGCUGGAUACCAAGUUUUACAAGCAAAGUAAUGUAUAAUGCUAAUUGGAUUUAUCCUGGAACGAUAGUUUCAAUCCCAGACCAUAUAUUUCCUGAUUCGGAUCUUUGUUCUGUCAUCUCUGUUAAUUUGAGCUUUGAUGGAGAAAACUGUAUGUGUAUAUGUACUAUUAACUAGGUUUGUGUUAUGUGAACGUUGGUUGAGGAUAACAUUCCAGAUCUGAAAAUAUUAGUUUUUGAAAUUGGAAUAAUAUGACUCAAGAGAUCUCACUGACAUAUUCACUUCUCAGUUUAAUCAAUUGUAGUAC